AUGAUGUCUUCCAACUUUAUUGUACUCAUUCUCGCGCUAUGUCUGCUCUCUGUGUAUGGACAUAAGCGACGAUCUGAAUACUUUCCGCAUCAUCUCCACGUUGAACCAGGUGUCGCUGCUGAGUUCGCCAUUUUUGUAGGUCUCAGCCUUUGUUUCUACGGGUUUCGACUUUUACGGGCGAUCAUAUUUCUGAGCGGCUUUGUUGUCACUGGAACGUUCAUGUCCUUGGCACUGGCGAGUGUAUUUGGACUUGGGACGUGGGUACUUGCAGCUUCCUGGAUCAGUUUUUUUGUCUUUGGGGUGGCUGGAGGCUGCGUCGCUUUGGCUUUCUUCCCGUUUGGCGUAUUUCUGGUCGGAUCUAUGUUUGCUUAUGCAAUUACUUUGUCACUUCCUUACCAAAUGCUUCCCAUCGACUUAAGUGCUGUACUAAAUGGAGCCAUUAUCGUGUUAGGUGGAAUGCUUGGAUGGUUACUAGUACGUCAUUUUACUAUUAUUGCCAGCAGUUUUGUGGGUGCCGUGUCAAUUAUACGGGGAAUUGGAUACUUCACGGGCAAGUACCCAACAAAUGAGGAUAUAAAAUGUUUUUAUUCCCAUUUGGAACAUAGCGAGUUAUGGAUGUCCGCAAUUCCAAAACUUUGGUGGGCUUUUUUGGCGGCAAUGUUUGCUUUGCUGGUUACUGGCGUGGUGAAGCAAUAUCGCGAUAUUGAUAAACACCAUAACUACAAUCAUAUUGGUCGCUACAAUGGUUGGCGCUCAACUCCAUACAUUUCCAUUCCAUAA